AUGUCACCAACUACCACAAUCACACAGAGCACAAGCACCAUUCCUUCAACAAAUACUGCACUGACUACAACCAGCACUACAUCAAGGACAACAACAGCACCAGCUACAACCACUACUCCACCCACAACAACUGCACCACCAACUACAACAACUACUGUACCAACUACCACACAGGCUACAACGAUACAAACCACCAUUCCCUCAACGACUAUCCCACUAACUACAAUUACAACUACAACAACUAUAACAACAAUACCAACUACAACCACUACUCCUUCAACAACUGCACCACCAACUACAACAACUACUGUACCAACUGUCACCACACAGGCUACAACGAUACAAACCACCAUUCCCUCAACAACUACCCAGUUAACUACAACCAGCACUACACCAACUACAACUACUACACUACACACAACCACUACUCCACCCACAACAACUACACCACAAAUUACAACAACUACUGCACCAACUACCACCACACAGGCUACAACCACACAACCCACAGUUCCUUUAAUAAUUACCCCACUACCUACACCUAGCACUACACAAACUACUACAACCACACAGAGCACAAGCACCGUUCCCUCGACAACUACCCCAGUAAGUACGACCCUCACUGCACCAACUACAACACCCACAGCAACUACAACCACUACUAUAACCACAACAACUACACCACUAACUACCACAGCUAAUGCACCAACUACCACCACAGAGGCUACAACCACACAAACCACAAUUCCCUCAACGACUAUCCUACUAACUACAACCAGCAUUACAACAACUACAACAACGGCGCCAGCUACAACCACUACUCCUUCCACAACAACAUCCCCACUAACUACCACUAAACAGGCUACAACCAUGCAAACCGCUGGCACACCCACACAAAAGACAACUGCUCCUUCUACAACCACUACACCAACUACAACAGCAAGUCUACCACCUGGUCCUACACCUAACCACACAACACCUGUAACCGAAGCCUCGAACCAAAUUGUUGCAGCUCUGAAAAUAAGGAUUACCUCUACGUCUCCCCUGUCUGAGGACGACAUCAGGAACACUGUUAUACAACAGAUUAAAGCUGAACUGGUACGACGAGGGCUGCCAUCAAACAUCACUCUACGCCUUGUGAGUUAUAUGCAAUUGCAAAGUACAACCACAGCACCCCCUGUUGUUUCAACAUGAACAUUUAUUGACUCCUGGAAGGAACAUUUGUUUUCAGUUGCCUGCCAAAGUUAAAACUACAAGGUCAGCUGCUUUAACGUGACCAUAGUUGUAUGACUAUCUGAUGAAAAAAUCCAAAUCUGAUGAUUAUUUUGCAGAUUUGCACUGUGUGACCAGAAUGUGGUUGUAAUUAUCACUUGACUGUAUGAAUGUAAAAACAGGGUCCUGUUAAAAUCUAUAUAUAUAAUAUAUAAAUAUAUUUUUGCUUAUAUUUUAUAUGCAAUGUGUACUUGAUAUUUGUCUAUUUAUAUU